AUGCAGUUCAAAUUCUCCACGUGGGCAGUGCUCCCACUGCUCUUGAACUUCACCUCUCAAGUUCAAGGAAGGUCAUCAGCUUCAAAAAACCGCGUUGCACAGUCCAUGCGACGAUACAUGGCAUCUGGUAUCAGCAACUCCAGCAGCAAUGUCUAUCAAACUGAUUUCGACGGCGUCACAUGGGAUGAUGAUAACUGGCUGCUAUCAACCACGAAUCUCGAGCAAGGUCAAUUCCAGACACGAGGAUCCGUGGCGAACGGAUAUCUUGGCAUUAACGUUGCUAGCGUCGGACCUUUCUUCGAGGUCGACUCCGUGGAAGAUGGCGGUGAUGGAAUUAGUGGCUGGCCUCUGUUCUCACGUCGACAGUCAUUUGCGACGAUCAGUGGAUUUUUCGAUGCGCAGCCAAACACCAAUGAGUCGAACUACCCAUGGCUGUCCCAGUAUGGCUGGGAUAGUGUGAUCAGCGGGGUACCUCACUGGAGUGGUUUGAUUCUGGACUUAGGCGAUGGUACUUACUUGGAUGCGACUGUGGAUAACACUACCAUCUCCAACUUCACCUCCACCUACGACUUCAAGUCGGGUGUUUUGCUGUGGAAGUAUAUCUGGACUCCCAAACAAGGCUCUUUUGACAUCACCUAUCGCCUUUUCGCCAAUAAGCUUUAUGUCAACCAGGCAGUGGUUGACAUGCAGAUUUUGUCCAGCGUUGAUACCAAUAUUUCAGUCGUGAACGUUCUGGAUGGAGCGUCAGCGGUGCGAACUGAUUUUGUCAACUCCGGUGAAGAUGAUGGUGCCAUUUACUCCGCCGUGCGACCGAAUGGAGUUGCCAAUGUGACUGCCUACAUCUAUGCUAAUAUGACAGGCCCAGAUAUGGACUUUUCUUCACUUCAGGUUGUCACUGGCAAGCCAUAUGUCAGCAGCAAUGACUCAUCGAUUGCCCAGUCCGUCACCGUAAAUCUGAAGGCUGGAAAAACAUCCCAGAUCACUAAGUUUGUAGGCGGGGCAUCUUCAGACGCAUUUGACGAUCCACAACAGAUCGCGAAGAAUGCUUCUUCUACCGCUCUGCAAAAUGGGUACAUGAAGUCUCUGCUCUCGCAUGUGACCGAGUGGGCAAAUGUCAUGCCAGCAGAUUCAGUUGAUCGCUACACAUUCCCCAACAACAGCACUUUACCCACAGACUCAUUCAUCAUUGAUUCUGCUGUGAUCGCCGUCGCCAACACAUACUACCUUCUUCAAAAUACGGUUGGUACUAAUGCGAUCAAUGUUUCGUCAUCGACCUCCCUGAACACAGACAGUAUCUCUGUUGGUGGAUUGACAUCAGAUUCUUAUGCCGGUCAGGUUUUCUGGGACGCCGAUAUCUGGAUGCAGCCUGGCCUUACAGCAUCCCACCCCGAGGCCGCUCAGCGUAUUACAAAUUAUCGUGUGAAGCUACAUUCACAAGCGCAGGAGAAUAUCAAAACGAAGAUCGCUGGCUCGAAGAACCAAACCCAGUUUUCCUCGUCUGCGGCUAUUUACCCGUGGACUAGUGGACGCUAUGGUAAUUGCACUGCCACUGGACCGUGCUGGGAUUACGAGUAUCACUUGAACGGAGACAUCGCCAUGUCUUUGGUCAACCAGUGGGUCACUACUGGAGACACCCAAUUCUUCAAGGAGAAUUUGUACCCGAUCUACGACUCCGUUGCUACUCUAUACUCAGACCUCCUGCAGCGGAAUGGAUCUUCCUGGACUCUAACCAACAUGACGGAUCCCGAUGAGUAUGCUAACCAGGUUGAUGCGGGUGGCUUUACCAUGCCGCUCAUUGCCAAAACUCUCACAAACGCAAAUUCCUUCCGUCAGCAGUUUGGACUAGAGGAAAACUCAACCUGGGAUGAAAUAGCUGACAGUGUGUUGGUCAUUCGCGAGAAUGGUGUGACCCUCGAGUUCACCACUAUGAACGGAAGUGCAGUGGUCAAACAAGCGGAUGUGGUUCUAAACACCUAUCCACUGGAUUACACUUCCAACUACACUACCCAAGAUUCAUUGAACGAUCUCGACUAUUAUGCAGCCAAGCAGUCCUCCGAUGGCCCCGCGAUGACAUGGGCUAUCUUCUCCAUCGUGGCAAAUGAGAUGUCACCAUCUGGAUGCUCAGCGUACACCUACGCUCAAUAUGCGUAUAAACCAUACACCCGUGCUCCAUUCUUCCAAAUCUCAGAGCAGUUGAUUGACAACUCUACCACCAAUGGCGGCACCCACCCUGCAUUCCCAUUCCUUACUGGACAUGGAGGUUCGAACCAGGUUGCGUUGUUCGGCUACUUGGGACUGCGACUUAUGCCUGACGACGUCCUCUACGUUGACCCGAAUCUGCCUCCUCAAAUUCCUCACAUCCAGUAUCGAACCUUUUACUGGCGCGGAUGGCCUAUUUCUGCGCAGUCGAAUUACACCCACACCACGAUCAGCCGAGCCAGCUCUGCCCCUCUUAGCUCCGCAGACAGUCGAUUUGCGAACAUGUCGAUUUCGAUCAGUGCGGGCUCUGACUCCAACCUGACAAGCUACCAGCUACCUGUGACAGGGACAGUGGUAAUCCCCAACCGCCAGAUCGGGUCAAUAAACACCGUCGCUGGAAAUCUCGUGCAAUGCCAGCCCGUCGACUCCAUAGAUUCGUACGAGCCAGGCCAAUUCCCCAUAUCAGCGAUUGACGGAGCCGCUUCCACGAAAUGGCAGCCAUCUUUAGCAGCGAAUUGGAGCUCCAUUACCGUUGCGCUCGGUCCAGAGGCCGGAUCCAUGGUAACAGGUUUCUAUUUCGACUGGGCACAAGCACCCCCAGUCAACGCGACCGUGAUUUUCCACGACGAAAACAUUCAGCAGGCGUUGAUUUCCUAUGAUCCAUCCAGUCCGAACAUGGGGUUCACGGUCGCUGCUACGCUGAACGGAAUAGCACCCUCAGACCCUUAUGAUGCGAAAACCACCAAUCUGGAUGCUAUUGCUAUUCCUACGGGAAAUACAACUAACUUUACACUUCCGUCGCCUAUUCCAGCUGCGCAAUAUGCAUCGCUUCUUAUCUUAGGCAACCAAGGUCUUGAUGCCGUUGAUGUGCAGUACGGAAAUGGAACUGGUGCCACAGUUGCUGAGUGGGCUAUACUUGGCCCGAAUAAUCAGACUUCAUCUAGCAUGAGCAAGAGGAAGUUGGGAGUGAAGCCAGCUAGCUUUAAUAAUUCUGGCUUGAUGACGCGUCGCAAGCUUACUCGGCACUAA